AUGUCUUUUGAAGUUUCCGCAGAAGCUGCUCAAUCCCAAAAUCCUAUGCCAGAAACUAAUCGUCGCUCAGCAAAUUUUCAUCCUAGCAUUUGGGGUGACCAUUUCCUCGCAUAUGCUUCUGAGUCGGUGGAAACUGAUGAGAAUAUAAAGCAACAAGUCCGGGAAUUGAAGGAAAAAGUGAGGACGACGCUAAUCGCUGUGGUUGAGAAGCCUUCACAAAAACUGAAGUUGAUCGAUGCAAUUCAGCGCUUAGGCGUGUCUUACCACUUUGAAAAUGAGAUUCAAGAAAUUUUGCAGCAAUUGCACAACAGUAUUACUCUUCACCACCUUGAUGAUCAUGAAAAUAAUGAUGACCUUUACACUGUUGCUCUCCACUUUCGACUACUUAGACAACAUGGUUAUUACAUUUCUUGUGACAAGUUCACCAAGUUCAUGGACAGCAAAGGGAAGUUCAAGGAAUCACUUAUGGAUGAUGCGCGAGGAAUGUUGAGCUUGUAUGAAGCCGCACAUCUCAGAGUGCGUGGGGAAGAUAUGCUUGAUGAGGCUCUUAUCUUCACUGCUACACAUCUUGAGGUUGUAUCAUCCCAGUUAAGCCCUACUCUAGCAGCACAAGUAAGCCAUGCCUUAAAGCAGCCUAUUCGCAAAGGACUGACAAGGUUGGAGGCAAGGCAUUACUUUUCUAUCUACCAACAAGAUGCUUCACAUAACAAAGUCCUUCUUACCUUUGCAAAGUUGGAUUUCAACCUAUUGCAAAAACUGCACCAGAAAGAACUUUCCGACAUUACAAGGUGGUGGAAAGACUUAAACUUUACAAGUAAGCUGCCGUUUAUCAGAGACAGAAUGGUUGAGUGCUACUUUUGGAUAUUGGGAGUGUGCUUCGAGGCUGAUUAUUUCCUUUCCAGGAGGAUACUAACCAAAGUUAUUGUCAUGACCUCCCUUAUUGAUGACAUCUAUGAUGUGUAUGGCACACUUGAGGAACUUGAGCUCUUUACUCAAGCAAUUGAGAGGUGGGAUAUUGGUGCCAUAGAUCAACUUCCGGAGUACAUGAAAGUGUGUUACCAGGCACUCCUAGACAUUUACAGUGAAAUGGAUCAAAAGAUUGGUGAAGGAAGAUCAUACCGCGUCAAAUAUGCAAGAGAAGCAAUGAAAAAUCAAGUUAGAGCUUACUUUCAUGAAGCCAAAUGGUUACAUCAGAAAUACAUACCAACUGUGGACGAAUAUAUGCACAUUGCCAUUGUCUCCUCUGGCUACCCACUGUUAGCAACCACAUCUUUAGUUGGAAUGGGAGAUAUCGUUACAAAAGACUCCUUCGAGUGGUUGCUUAGUGACCCUAAAGUGGCCAGAGCUUCCUCAGUGAUUGCUAGGCUCAUGGAUGACAUUAAGUCACAUAAGUUUGAACAAAAGAGAGGGCACGUUGCCUCCGCUGUUGAAUGUUAUAUGAUACAACACGAUGCCACAGAAGAAGAAGCAGUCGAAGAAUUACAGAAACAAGUUACAAAUGCAUGGAAGGAUAUAAAUGAAGAGUGCCUCUACCCAACAACUGUUCCCAUGCCCCUUAUGAUGCCAAUUCUCAACCUUGCACGUGUGAUUGAUGUCAUAUACAAAGAUGAAGAUGGUUACACAAAUGCUGGGGUUGUGCUUAAAGAUUUUGUAGCUUCUUUGCUCGUUGAUCCUGUGCCUUUAUGAGCAUGGACCCCUACAUGGAUAUAUGAUUUGCAACAACAAGCAUUUGAAAUUUAAUGGUUGCAUUCGUACAAGAAUAACUAAAAUAUGUCUCUAUUAUAUUGUAGAAUAAUGAAGAAAAUGUGCCUGUACUAUGCUCUUAGAGCUCCACGCCUUCCUCUAAGAGUAUUGGAGGCUGUUGAAAA